UUACACAAGUAUGGAGCUCACUUUUUGUUCUUCCAUGUGUAGCCAACUAUCGAUCAUUCUGGGAUCCAUUCUCCUGCUCGUCACAAUAGGAGAUCGAUUGAUUUUCCAAUGAAAGAAGUGCCACAAAGCCCUAAUUCUGUUACCGGAUCAAGAAAUAGGUUUCUUCACAAGCUCGAACCUACGUUUCAUUUUUCCAACUCUGCUAUGGAGGGGGCGACAAAGUGGGACCCAGGUUCGUGGAAAGCAUCGGAAGACGUAAGAAGAAUCUACGGUGAAUCAAAGCAUCUGGAGGAACAAGUAGGAGUUGUGGCAAUGGUGUCGGCACUUGAAUCGGAGCUCGAGCAAGCUCGAGCACGUAUCCACGAUCUCGAAAACGAACGGCGGUCGUCAAAGAAGAAACUAGAACAGUUCUUAAAGAAGCUGAACGAAGAACGAGCCACGUGGAGGAGCAGAGAACACGAGAAGAUACGUGCGGUAAUUGAUGAUAUAAAAGGCGAGUUGAACAGAGAAAGGAAGAACCGGCAAAGAAUGGAGAUCGUGAAUUCGAAAUUGGUGAACGAAUUGGCGGAUUGCAAAUUAUCCGCCAAGCGUUAUAUGCAGGAUUAUGAAAAGGAGCGGAAAGCGAGAGAAUUGAUAGAGGAAGUAUGUGAUGAACUUGCUAAAGAAAUCGGAGAAGAUAAGGCGGAAGUCGAAGCUUUGAAGCGGGAAUCCAUGAAAAUGAGGGAGGAAGUCGACGAUGAACGGAAAAUGUUACAAAUGGCUGAAGUUUGGCGUGAAGAACGCGUCCAGAUGAAGCUCGUUGACGCUAAAGUGACACUCGAAGACAAAUAUUCACAGAUGAAUAAACUUGUUGCAGAUCUUCAAGAUUUCUUGAAUUCAAAAAGCACAAAUCUUGAUGCAGAAGAGAUGAAAAGAGCCGAAACCCUUAAACAGUCGGCUGAUUCGGUUAAUAUUCAAGAAAUCGGGGAUUUUAAGUAUGAACCCGCGAACCCAGAUGACAUCUUUUCUGUUUUCGAAGAGGUUGGUUUUGGGUCGAAGGAGAUCGAACCCGAACCGUUGGAUGUUCAUAGUCUCACUAGCCAUAGACAUUCUUCUGCAUGUUUCGAUCAAAAUGGUGAUGUUAUUGAAGAAGAUGAAGAUGAUGACGAGGACGACGAUGACGAGAGUGGUUGGGAAACCGUAAGCCAUCUUGAAGAUCAGGGUUCGAAUUAUUCGCCCAAUGGGAGCGACCCAUCUGUCACCAACAAUCGCUUCGGCUGUAAUAUGUCGAGCAGCCGAAGAGAAUGGGAAGACGGGACACCAAUUACUGAAAUAACCGAAGUUUGUUCAGUGCCAAAUAAACAGCCGAAAAAGGCGUCUUCCAUAUCUCGUCUUUGGAGAUCAUCAUAUUCCAGUAACGGUGAAAACUGCAAGAUUAUAUCCAUGGAGGGUCUGAACGGAAGACUUUCAAACGGAACCCAUCUCUCGAGUGGUGCAGUCCUUUCACCGGACCGCAGCUCUGGGCUAAGCCCGUCUGAAUGGAGCUCACCGGGGUCAGGUUCGAACCCACACAUCACGAAGGGGAUGAAAGGGUGCAUCGAAUGGCCGCGUGGUGUGAUGCAGAAAAACAGCUUAAAAGCAAAGCUUUUGGAAGCGAGAAUGGAGAGUCAAAAGGUACAGUUGCGCCAAGUCUUGAAGCAGAAGAUAUAAGUGCAGUCCAUGAACACAUUCACAUGUGAAUAAGAAAUAUAUAUAUGCUUUAUCACGCUCGUGUGGACCACAUUCACAUGUGAAUAAGAAAUAUGCUCUAUCACGCUCGUGUUCGUGGGAUCUAUGCGUUUCGGAAUAACGAAUGACGGAAGGAAGGAAGGAAGGAAGGAAGGAGAGAGGUUGAUUUUGGGUAAUAUCUACUACUGUAAGGGUAUUUUGGUCCUUUUCUUGCAGGUGAUUCAAUGAAGAAAGUGUACAAUUUUCAACUUGAGCAUCCAUUUUGUGGAAGAUGAAUUCAUGUUCAAGAAGGUGCAAUAUUGUUUUUCUGUUGUAGGAUUAUAAUGUGACAUAUGAAAUGAAAUUGGGACCAUGUUUUCGGACUCUUUUAUCGGCUUAUGGAUCCGGUCUAUUCGUUUCGUGUCUAAA